GCACCCCUGUCCUCCCCCGGCGGGCUCCGCGGAGCAUUGUACUCACAUCCGGGGCUGGGUUUUGCUUUAAUGCGAAACGUAAUUAACCAGGAAAAAAGAGCCGAGAGACAGGAGAGGAGGAGGGGUGGGGAGGGGGCGAGAGGAGCGAGAGGCGCGGAGAGUUUGGCGGCGAGAUAGAGGGAUCCCCGAGAGCCACGGGCCGGCGCAGGGCGACUGCUACCCCAUGUAACCCAGCCUGCCCGAGCCCGGCCCCUGCACGGCGGCGGCGAAACUUCUCUGCUGGUUCUGGCGCCGGGGCACCGGCCCGCGACGACUGCCGGGCGCGGGGAGGGGAGGAGAGCAGAGGACGCCCCAGGGUGAUGUGAGAGAGCCCAGGAAUGCCUUAUGUGGACCGGCAGAACCGCAUCUGUGGGUUCCUGGACAUCGAGGAGAAUGGAAACAGCGGCAAGUUUCUGCGGAGGUACUUCAUCCUGGACACCCAGGCCAACUGUCUCCUCUGGUACAUGGACAACCCCCAGAACCUGGCAGCCGGGGCAGGUGCUGUCGGAUCCCUGCAGCUGACCUACAUCUCGAAGGUGAGCAUAGCCACUCCAAAGCAGAAACCGAAGACUUCAUUUUGCUUUGUUAUCAACGCCCUGUCUCAGAGAUAUUUUCUUCAAGCCAAUGACCAGAAAGAUCUGAAGGACUGGGUGGAAGCCCUGAACCAUGCCAGCAAGAUCACUGUACCCAAAGCCGGCAGCCUGCCCCUGGCCACCGAAGUGCUCAAAAGCCUAACUGCACCUCCGGCCCCGGAAAAGAAGCCACAGGUGGCCUACAAGACUGAGAUCAUCGGAGGGGUGGUGGUGCACACGCCCAUCAACCAGAAUGGUGGAGAUGGGCAGGAAGGGGGCGAGCAGGGGUCCCACGCCCUGCUGCGGAGGUCUCAGAGCUACAUCCCCACCACGGGCUGCCGCGCUCCCCCUGGCCCCCCCCUCAUCAAGAGCGGCUACUGCGUGAAGCAAGGGAACGUGCGGAAGAGCUGGAAACGGCGCUUCUUUGCCCUCGAUGACUUUACCAUCUGCUAUUUCAAGUGCGAGCAGGACCGAGAGCCCCUGCGCACCAUCUUUCUCAAGGACGUCCUCAAGACGCACGAGUGUCUGGUCAAGUCUGGUGAUCUGCUAAUGAGGGACAACCUGUUUGAAAUCAUAACAAGCUCCAGGACCUUCUACGUGCAGGCGGACAGUCCAGAAGACAUGCACAGCUGGAUUAAGGAGAUCGGGGCGGCUGUCCAGGCUCUCAGGUGCCACCCCAGGGAAAUGUCCUUUUCUCGAUCCGUUUCUUUGACUCGGCCUGGAAGUUCUGUCCUCUCAGGAGGGCCCAACUCUGCCCUGGGGAGGGGGCGUCCUCCUGUGGAAGAAAAGAGAGCUCUCUGCAAAGCCCCCUCGGUCGCCUCCUCAUGGCAGCCCUGGACACCUGUCCCCCAGGCCGGGGAGAAGCUGCUUCCAGCUGAAGAGACUCUGGAGGACUCUCUGUUCGCACCUCGACUUGGGGAGAGUGGGAUUGCUGGCGGGUUGCCAGGCUCGCGCCUCAGGCACAGGUCGGAGCCCCAGCGCAAGGAGAAGCCGUUUAUGUUCAACCUUGACGAUGAGAACAUACGGACCUCUGAUGUGUGAUGAGCCGCGGUGCCCUGGAGGGAGGUGGAAGGGAGAGCCCGGCCGAGCGUCCAUCUCUCUACCCUGUGGGAGGCCCUCUGCAGGCCGGUGUGCUCACGUCCGGUGGCUGCUCUGGGGAGGGGCCUGGCCUGCUGGCUGCUUUCGUGUGAUCCCAAUGCAGUGGAUUUACCUUGGGAAAAGCUCUGGGUUCGACCUGUAGGCACAUGCAGCAGGGAGCAGCUCGCCUGGUGUCUAACCACGCCAGGUCCUUCCUGAAGGGCUGGGGACCUUGGCAACUCCUCUCCGGGGAGGUCUGGAGACCAUUUUCACCCCCAAGCAAGUUUUAGUUCCUUGACCUUGUUUGAAUUUCUUUGUCUUUGUUUUCAGUCCCGGAUCAGCAUCUUAGGCCAGUCGUCCAGGUGUAUCCUGUCUGUGUUUAUGGCCUGGUCUGUGAAGUGGGCAGGGGUAGUGGGGGGGCCAGGGCACAUUCUGCGGGCUGCUCUGAGCGUCUGAGCCUGGGGGCUGCCGUUUUGACGCUCAGGCCAGAAUCCCUGGGAAGAACUCAUCACAGAGCAGCUGAGGCCCUCUCGUAAGGGAUGGGGAGUAAUGUAGCCCCAGUUCAUCAGCCAGGCGUGGAAUCUACUCUGUUAGGUGUGUUUGGGCCCCAGGUUCUGGAGCUGGGGGUGACAGUCAUACCAGCCCCCUGUCUGUGUCGGCCCGCGGAUGGGCUUAUCAGGGUUAAAUGUUCCCACGGCUGAGAACAGACAGACACGCCUUUUGGAAUGGUGUUAUUUUAAUGGGUGGAGGGUUGAGAAGUGCGUGACUGUUCACAUGUGUGACACAUUGGGCUCUCUGGCUAAGUAUAAAGAGGUGCUUGGAAGAGGCGGCUCGUAGCUCAUCCGGCUCACCUCUUGGACCCCAGUUUUCCUGACAGGAGAACAGCUGUGUUUGCACAGAGAGGGCUUCUGGAUUCCCUGCUUCACAGCUCUUUGGAAACGGAUCAGCUUCAACUAAAUUUAAGUGCUGUGUACUGUUUGCUGAGGAGAUUGGCUUUCUUUUUACCCUUCGUGUUGCCUUCAGAAUGAAACCCCGUGUGCUUUCAGGAUCGAACCCUGUAAUGGGGUGAAGUUCCAUGCCCUUAGCAGCGGAGCGCUACCGAAACAGUCUCAGAGUACUUAUUCUUUCAGUGAGAGAGGAAGGGGCAUAGAAAUAGAAACACGGCCUUACAGAUGAUCCCAGGUAGAAGAACCAAGCCCAUCGGGUUUCCCAUCCAAUUUUAGAGCCAACCUUCUUCCAUUUGACAAGUUACUAUUGGCUUGUCUGAAAACUCAUGACACAUUUUUUUGCGUAGAAAAAUACGAAAUGACUUUUCUGACAACCUAAUAUUUCUAGCGUCCCUAGGAAAAUUUGUCUGUCUAAUUUAUGUACCAGAAACUUACUAGAGUUCCCUAGGAGAAGCGUGAACGUAGUUUAUUUCUAUCUAUAGCUUUUAUUGCAUUUUAAAUGAAAAGUUAGUAACUAGAAGGAGAGACAAAGAGAAGCAUUUUUACCAGGUAGUCUAAAUGUAAGGGGAGGCAAAGCACUUGGUGAGAAAAUCUUCAGCGGCUCGAAGGGAAUUGUGUUCUUUCAGGCCCUGUCGUUUCCCCAGAAUGCGUGUCACAGUUGGAACUUUCUGUGACCACACUGAGCUGGGGCUGUCCUUCACUUAAACUAAGUUUGGCUCAGUGGUCCUGCUGUCCUUCCUCACCCCCCAAAAAUCCCUAUCGAAUCUGUCUUUCCUCUCAUCGCCCCUCUCUGUUCUAUAGUCUUGUGUAUGAUUGUCCUCAGACGGUUACAUCCUCCAGUGUCCUGA